UUACUCAUCACGUAACGAGGCUUUGUGAAGUAGGUUAUUUCUGUGAAAUUUUCAGUUGAAUUUCGUAACUUUUAAUAUUAAAUCUGGGUCAAUGUAUGGACAAAUCUGUAGUAGAAAAUAUACAGUGGAAAGAGAAAUAUUAGGACCAUGAAAUAUCUAGCAGUUUUCACUGUUCUAUGUGUAAUGAGUUUUGGUAACGCUGCAGCCAAAUCUAAAGGAGGCAAGAUGCCGAGCCAAGCGAUUAAAUUGUAUUACCUGCCACCAUCGCCACCUUGCCGAGCCGUGAUGAUGACGGCAAAGAUUAUCGGCUUAGAACUGGAUUUGGUACUGACUAACAUCAUGAAAGGUGAACAUUUGACGCCCGAGUUCCUAAAGAUGAACCCUCAACACUCGAUUCCAACGAUUGAUGACAGUGGUUUUAUUCUAUGGGAAAGUCGGGCAAUAAUGUCCUAUCUGGUGAAUGCAUAUGGCCGGGAUGACACACUCUACCCGAAGAAUCCACGAUUGCGAGCCGUUGUAGACCAAAGGCUACAGUUUGACCUUGGCACUUUGUAUUCGAGAUAUUCAGCUUUAUACGCGCCGAUGUUAAUGCGUGGUGAACCAUACAAUGAGGAUUUAGCAGCAAAAGUAACAGAAGCGCUGGCUUGGCUCAACACAUUGAUAGAAGGAAAAACCUUCGUGGCUGGAGAUAAUAUGACCAUUGCAGAUAUAAGCAUAAUUGUUACAAUUACUAGUUUAGACGCAUUCAACUUUGACUUCAGCGCUCACGAUAAUGUAUCGAAGUGGUACGAGCGAACUCAAAAAGCGCUUGAACCAUACGGUUACGAAGAAAUUAACACGGCGGGCGCACAACAAUUAGCAUCGUUUUUGAAGAAAAAUUAAAAUAUAUUUUUGGCACUUAAUUAUUAUCUUUCACUAAUAAAACGUUGGACACAA